AUUGUGUCAAGCUGUUAUCGAUAAAAAACCCAACAAACGUUUGACAACACUAUUAUUUAACUUAUGUGUUGAUAGUAUGAGUAUUACGUGAGAAGCAAAAUGAGUGCGGAUGUGGAGAAUAAGAAGCCAAAGGCGAUAUUCGCCAUCCGCCAUGUUCAGACGAUGAUGAUGUUCUUCGCGCUGGUGAUCGCGUACGGCAUGAGAGUCAACAUGAGCAUGGCUAUCGUUGUCAUGACGGACAAAACUCUGGAAAAUUCUUUCAACUGGAGCAUGCAAACCCAGAGUGUGAUCCUGUCAUCAUUCUUCUGGGGGUACAUAGUGCUGCAGAUCCCGGCUGGCGAGAUGGCUGCCAAGUAUGGCGGCAUGAGACUAGUCACUAUGGCUAUAGCUAUCAACUCCUUGGUGUCGCUUACUGUACCCAUGGCUGCUUAUUAUGGAGGGUGGCAGCUGGUUUGUGCUUGCCGUGUCGUUCAGGGUCUCUCACAAGGCUUUGUAGUACCUUGCAUAUACAACCUAAUUGGCAAGUGGACUCCUAUUGAUGAGAAGAGCCGGACUGGUGCCGUAAUUAAUUCUGGAUCGCAACUGGGUAACGCCAUUCAGCUGGUAAUAUCUGGCUUCAUAGCAGACGCUUGGGGCUGGCCAGCGAUCUUCUACGUGAAUGGAGCAAUAGGCGCAGUGUGGGUGGUGCUGUACAUCAUAGUAGGAGCUGAUUCUCCUCAAAAGUCCAAGUUGAUCAGUACAGAGGAAAGGCUAUAUAUACAGACUUCUUUGGGACAGCUUGGAGAACCGAAGAAAUUAAAAACACCUUGGAAGGCGAUCUGGACCUCAGUGCCGUUUAUAUCCCUGAUCGUGCUCCACUGCAGUCAGAACUGGGGCUACUGGACCCUGAUGACUGAGAUGCCGUCUUACAUGAAGAAAGUUCUCGGUGUUGAUAUUAAGGCGAAUGGCAUGAUGUCAGCUCUGCCAUACUUAGCGGUCUACAUUCUGAGUUUCCCAUUCGGCUACCUAUCUGACUACCUUCCUAACAAGAAGUGCCUUACCGUGACUGCAACGAGGAAACUUUCCAACUCUAUAGGAUUUUUAGGGCCAGCAAUAGCCCUGAUCGGCCUGUCAUACGUGCCAGCUGGCAACGUGACCCUGGCUGUAGUACUUCUCACCAUCGUAGUGGGCCUCAACGUGGGACAUCUCACUGGACUUAUGUUGGUACACCUGGACAUGGCUCCUAACUACGUAGGCACACUGCUGGGCAUCACCAACAUGGCUGCCAACAUCAUAUCCAUCAUCGCACCACUAGUUGCUGGAGCUGUGUUAAAAGACGAAACGGAUCCAAAUGAGUGGCGUAAAGUAUUCUACAUAGCGUCGGCAGUAUACAUUGCCGGCAACACAUUUUACCUUAUAUUCGGAACAAGCGAGAGACAGAAAUGGAACGAACCCGUAGAAGAUAAAAAUGAUGAAAUGCCUGAAAAGACUGCCGACAAAAUGGUUUGAAAACUAAAGUUGUGUGAAAUACGUAUACCUACAAAUAAAGCUGUCCAAAAUA